AUGCCUGUUGCCUUCGACGUUGAUAUGAACAACAACGAAGAAGUCGAGUUCAAGCAUUGCGACAGCAACAUCGACGGUCUCAUCACCAAUUGUACCAAGGAGGUGCCUCUGGUCAAGACAUGUCGAUUUGCUUCCGACCUCUGUCCUUCCGCCAAGCAGUACGGGAUCACUAGAACAGAUCUCGGAAAUCUUGAGCGUGAAGGAACCCGACGAUCUGUCAAGUGUAUCCCACACACUUUGUUUGGUGUCGUGAAUUCGGAGGCCCGCGUGGUAAGCCACAUCUUGUUUCCAGAGAUGAUAGCCAAGGACAAGGAAGUCGCCGAACCCAAGAAAAUGUCGGCUUUCUUGUCUGAGGACGAACAGAGAAAGUUCGUGGAUGAGUUGUUGAUCCCGGCUUUGAGAAAGGCUCUAAAGCUAUCUGUGUUUAACCGUUUAAACAAGUCUUACAAGGAGUCGGUGUUGCGCGGAAAGCGUCAAGAUGCGAAAAAUCUUGUUUCUGGAAAGGAUAUUCCCUUGAUUAUUCAAUCACUUCGUGAUCUCGUGGAGAAAAAUUUGUCCUUGUCCCAGUACAGGGACUUUUACUUUAUCACUCCUUCCUUCGGGUUCAAGCAAGAAUUUGAGGGUUGCUCCUGUCAAGAAAUCUUGUCGACGAUUAUCGAUUGGUCCAAGGUCAGCCUAAAGAACACUAAGGUUGAUCUUGGUAUCAAUUUCGCUACCACGGCUCUGUCUGGGGAACCCAUGAUAUCGUUUGCAAGAUCAGGAGCCAUUAACAGCAUCGGCUACACUUUUGGUGGACAAAACACCAAAAGUGAAUUAAUGCCGAUGGCUCUGGCUGGCUUUGGUGGUCUUACAGCCACCAACAAAUUCCGUACAAGCGAUCAAUGCUGCAAGUUGAUUGUUUACAACGACAUCAAGAUACCAUUCCUGUUUGAUCCUUCCGGAUUCAAUGGCUCUGUCCCGGAUAGAUGGGAAGCUAACCAAGUCCGGGCAGGGCUUCGCCAAGAAAAUGGAAAGUACCUGAAAAACAUGGAAUGGUAUCAGACCCGCUUGCGUGAAUCAGAAAUGGAACAGUUCACCUUGCGGGGAUACUCUUGGUGGCUCUGGGGUGCUCAUAUCUGCCACCAAGAGUACCUCAACUACAUCAGUUGUAGGUUGGCUUUUUUGAACGAGCUGGCUUUUAAGUUCGAAGGAAAACAGAACUUGCGGUCUCUGUCCUGUGUGGCGAUGGUCUCCUUGUUGUUGAACUCAUUAAUGCAUCCUGGAAACUCGUCCAGGACGGAUGCGAAGAACUUUGUGAAGGCAAGAAGAAGCCAAAACAGCUGCCUUCUGUUUUUGAAGGAUGCCUUUGUCUUGCUGGAAGGCGAAGUCGAGUUCGAUGACGUUUUUGAGCGAACUCGGCUUCAAAAACAGUUCUACGACAUCAAUGUCAUUGCUGAUGUCGUAGAACCCGAAGCCACCUCAUUUGGUCUAGAGAUGGUUAUUCCAACUGGUCGACCUGGUAAUCUGACGACGAGGGCAUAUGGCCAAAUCAAAAGCCCGGAGCUUCAAGAGGCUGGACGUUCUUGGGUAUGGGGCGAGACUUUUCUGGAUGUAGGUCGUCUGAAUCUUAGAGACCUACAUCUCCACGAUACAUCAAAGAGAAUAACCAUGGAAAAGUAUGCGCCGGCGAAGAGCGUUAUGGUUAUGUACGGUCUGGGGUUUGACGGGGCCCUUCGGUUUUUUGAGAUCUUUUGGAAGGAAUAUUUUGAAGUUCUCCCAAAAGGCUCAUUCCAACCAGAAUUGCUAUUUGUCGCAACUAUACGUCUUAAUCAGCUUUUUGUAUUCCUCACCGUCGGAAUAGAAGGUUUAAAGGCUGAAACAUUCUUUUUUCAAAAAUAA